AUGGCAACCGCUCAGCUCUUCUACACUGGGCCAAAGGAAAAAACAUCCAAGGAAACGGUUUUGUUUCCAAACAGAGUUGCAACUGAGCAACAAUCUAUGAUUCUGGUGAAAAGGCUGCUGGCAAUUUCAGUCUCCUGUAUAACAUACCUCAGAGGGCUGUUCCCAGAAAGCUCUUAUGGAACUCGCUAUUUAGAUGACAUGUGCCUAAAAGUUCUUCGGGAAGAUAAAAGCUGCCUGGGUUCACUGCAGAUAGUCAAGUGGAUUCAGGGAUGCUUUGAUGCACUGGAAAAGAACUAUCUACAUGUGGCUGUCUUGGCAAUCUAUACCAAUCCCAAAAAACCUGAGCAUGUGACAGAACUCUACCGGUUCAAAUUCAAAUAUUCAAAGAGUGGAGCCCAGAUGGACUUUGCUAGCACUCAAGUGAACUUUAUGAACAGAGCAAACAGCAAGGAAAUUAAGGAAGCAAGCAUCCUGCUGAUCCGCAAAUUGUAUGUCCUAAUGCAGAAUCUAGGACCACUGCCUAAUGAUAUUACUUUGACCAUGAAACUCUUCUACUACAAUGAUGUCACACCUGAUGAUUACCAGCCCCCUGGCUUUAAGGAAGGUGGCAGCCCAGAUUGCCUGCUUUUUGAUGGCAACCCAGUGAACCUAAAAAUAGGAUCAGUCUCUACUGGAUUCCAUGUGCUGAAAGUGAGAGUAACAACGGAGAGCAAAAGGAUGGGGAUGCUGGAGAGCAGCCUGGUUGAAGAGAGUGGUGCUACUGAGAUCUCUCAUGAGGGACUAGACUGUGAGGAGGAGGAAGAGAACAGCACUAAGGAACAAGAACAGGCACGGAGAGUGGACCUUGCAUUUAGCCAAGAGGAAAUGGGUGGUGCAGUGAAAAGGAGGAAGGUCAGUGAGCCAGUCAGUUUAAUUCCCACAGCUCACCAAUUAUGA